AUGUGGCAUAAACUGCCGAACUAUGUUUUGUCUAUCUUUCAGGAGAAUUCGAAAGACAUCGGGGGAGCCUGUCGUCAGCCUGUCACCACUGCUGCCAAGAAGCUUGAUCUGUCCAAGCUCACGGACGAGGAGGCCAAGCAUGUGUGGGAAGUCGUACAGAGAGACUUUGACCUGAGGAAGAAGGAAGAAGACAGACUGGGGGAACUGAAGACCAAGCUGGAGAAGGAAGAUACCAAGAGAGAGCUGCUGGGAAACCAGAGCAGCCUGACCGAGUCUCACUGCAUCCGAUGUCUUCAGCCCUUCAAGUUCCUGCUCAGCAGCAAGCGUCAGUGUCUGGACUGCCAGCUCUUCAUCUGCAAGGCCUGCAGCCGCUACAGCAAGAAGGAGCAGGGCUGGCUGUGUAACGCCUGCCACAUGGCCAGAGUCCUCAAGAUCGGUACUUUGGAGUGGUACCACGAGAACGUCCGGACCCGCUUCAAGCGAUUCGGCAGCGCCAAGGUGAUGCGAUCGCUCUUCAAGAGGCUGAGCGGAGGGUAUAGCUGCCCUCAGAGCGAGGCGGGAGAACCGCAUGAAUAUGACACACAGAGCAUGCCCGAGGUCCACGUUGAGUAUGAAGAACACAGUAUGGAUGCAAGUGACGCCCAAUACAAAGGGAGCAAAAAGGCCAAACGACGACUAACAGUCGAUCCAUUUGAUUUCAAACCGGGUGGAGAUGACAAAUCAAGAGGACAGUCAAAUCAGGGGAGAAGUGUUCAGGACAUCCUGGUGGUGGAUGUCGGCCGCAGAGGGUCUGUCUUCGCUGAGGCCGACAGGGCUGCAGCUUUUCUGGAGAUGACCCCACAGCAAGAUUAUCUUCUGCCUCCAGAGAUCCGAACCUUCCCCCCUCGCUCCGGCUCGCGGCUCAGCCACUCCUCCUGUGGGAGCGGCGGACCUCGGGGUGGAGGCGGCCGGGGCAGCAGCACCUAUCUGCCCGACGACUCCGAUGACGAGGAGGAUCGCUGUGUGUUUCCGCUCUACCAGUCUCACCUCGCCCUCUGCAGCCACACCUCCCAGGAGAGCCUGAACUCGGCGAACCCUCCACAGCAGAUAACCGACCUGGACAGGCGCAUGUCAGCCAUCGAGACACUCCUGAACCGUAUUGAACAGAAGGUCUCCACAAGUCAUAACCAGGAAAACCAUCAGCAUCUGGUGAUUCCCAUCAAGUCAACGACUUCCGUGAGUCCAAGCAGCAGCUCUCCUCUUCCUCCGCUGGAGGACGUGGACCUGGAGGAGCUACAGCUCAGGCAGAAGCUGCACGAGCUGACGGACAACAUCAGCGACCACAGCCUGACCUCCGACGAGGACGAGCCCCGCCGCCCGCUCUCCUCACAGGAGAAUCCAGGGUGGAGAAGCCCGGCGCUGGAGUCGAUGCGCUCCAGGAUCCCCAGCAGGCCUUCGUCCAGGACCAGCAUCAUGGUUUCCAGACCGGAGGAGGAGCUUGCUCAGCAGGCUGACUCUCAGAAGGGCCUCCCGUCGUCCGACAGCCCGGAGAAGAAAGGUCUCUUGAUGGACGACGGCUCGAAAACCAGCUUCAGAGGCUCCACGGCCCUGCUGGUGGAGCUGGAGGGCCAGGUGGCUCAGGCAGCCGCCAACGUGCAGAAUGCACAGAGCGAGGUGUCUUUCUUGGAGGACAGGAUUGCUGCCCUGAACGCUGCCGGCAUGCCUGUGGAUAAAAGACGGAGGUCAGCAAUCCCGAUCCAAGCCAGGAGACUCUCCCACAACUUUCCCACAAGCCAGGUGGACAGGUUUGUGAGGAACUCCCUCAACAGGGGCUCCUUGACACAGAGGAAUCCGCUGGCAAAGCCCAACACCAGGGCUACCUGUGCGAAGCCGGUAAUGACGCAGGGCUCCUGAGGAGGAGGCUGAGUAUUGUGUGACCGCCGAGUACUUUCUUGUGAUCAUGUUUAUUAGCUUAAACAGUUUGUGUCACACUGGAAGUUCACUCAAACUUUUCUUUUUCAUAUCAAUGCUGUUUUAAUGUUUUCAAAUUAUAUUCAAUUAUAUGACUUGACUGGAAAAAAAUUAUCUAUCAAAUAUAUCACAUAAGGUCCAUAAAGAAUGUAUUAAAGUUUUGAUUUCCUGACAGUAAGGUGCAUCUAUUUAGUUAAAUGUUCAUCAGUGAGAAGAAAAACGUCACAUGAAUUCUGUUCUUUAAAUCGUUCUGUCUUAUCUGAUGCUUUUUAAAGUUUGGUAUCGCUCUCUUGGUGCAUGUUUUAGAUUUGCUGUUCUGUCAUUUUGGGCAGGUUGGUGAUUUUAUUGUAAAAUUCAAGUGAUGUUCUGUUGCAAGUCCACUUCGAAUGAGCCAUAUUAAUGAUAAAUCUCAUGUUUUUAACAGAUAAUGGGUUGCGUGGACCACUAUGACCUUCUCCUAUCUACAAAAUAUACUGUACACCUAGAAAACUGCAAAUCACAGGUGUCAAAAUGCUUAAAACAAUAUCCCUCUUUUGCUCCAGUGAUUUAGUUUUAUAGAAAUCAGGAUUUGGCUGAAAUGCAUACGUUACUUCACUUUUCUCUACAUGUUCGGUCUGUGGGUUUUAGAGACUAAAUUCAUCAGUCAGAGUGCUCGGAUUGCACCAAUACUUUUCAAAGGACAAGUACAAGUUCUUAUGCUAACUUUUUAGCUACUUGCGGACAAUGGGUACUGAUACAAAUGCAUGUUGUAUUAAAUUGUGAAGCACAAUGUCAUGUAAUCCUCGCAAUUUGUAUCAGAGAUCUUUUACGAAAAUGAGGACGAUCACCUGAUAUUUCACACAGGUACCGGUGCAUCUCUAAUAAUAUCCAGGCUCAUCCAGGCUCAACUAAAUUCAAUACAUAUUCAGACAGUAAUUCUUGUACACUUUGACUUUUGACUUUGACUUUUUUAUUUUUUCACACAUCAUAACAUAACAUAAAAUACAGUACAUGCUGCAUAAAGAUAUUAUAGUAAUUUGAUGUAUGAAGGGGUCACCCCAAAAAGCUACACUGGCAUUAACUAAAAUGUACUACAUCCAUGUAAUCAAUGGUUGUAUAAUUACAGCUUGUAGAAAGUGUUAUCUCACUGCUUUUUUGAAUAUGCAUCUAAACCUGGUAAAAAACAUGCCUGUAUUGUUUUACACCAUAAAUAAUUCUAACAUUGUUUAUGUAUCACAUAUAUUGUGGAUUUUUUUUUUUGUUGAAUAAAUUGAACACAUCCAGUC